AUGACUGGAGAAUCUACUGUACAAAAGGUCAAGGAUGUCCUUCACAUCGACAAGGACCACACCACCUCUAGCACAACACACAACACCACCGGUACUACUGGCACACACGUUCCAGGUACCACUCACAACACUGCCGGUACCACUGGCACCCACAUCCCAGGCACAACACACACUGGCCAUGCUGAGGGUUCUCACGGACCUCACAGCUCUGCUGCCGCCAAUGCCGCAGAUCCAAGAGUCGACUCUGAUCUAGACGGAAACCGUCUUCCAAACAAGACCUCUGCUGGUUACGGUACUCAAGAUGCAGCCUAUGGCACAACUGGUACUCACACUGGUACUCACACUGGUACUCACGCUGGCACUCACGCUGGCACUCACACUGGUGCACAUGUCCCAGGCACUACUGGCCACCAAGCUUAUGGACACAGUGGAACAACCGGCACCACCGGCACCCACAUUCCAGGUACAACUCACACUGGACACUCUGAGGGUUCCCACGGACCUCACAGCUCAUCUCUCGCCAAUGCUGCUGAUCCAAGAGUCGACUCAGACUUGGAUGGAAACCGUCUUCCUAACAAGACUUCUGCUGGUUACGGCACUCAAGAUACUUACGGCAGUGGUCUUACUGGCUCAACCGGUACUCACCACCAAGGUACAACCGCUGGCAACACUGUCGGAGGAACUGGUUUCGGUGGAGGAAUCUCCCACAGCACAAACGCCGGUCCUCACAACUCCAACAUUGCCAACGCUGCUGACCCAAGAGUCGACAGCGAUUUGAGCAACACUGGUAACCGCCACGGAGCUUCCACUGGUCACUCCGCAUUCGGUGUUUCCGGUUCCCACGCCACUCCCGGCUCAGGAACUGCUCAGAACACUGCUGGUCCACACAACAGCGACUUUUUGAACAAGGCUGAUCCAAGAGUUGAUGCCGACCUUGAUGGUUCCAAGACCUUGGGAGGAAACAAGACCUACCAGUAA